AACCUUUCGCAAAAGCGUCAUUCCUUAGGAAAUCCCAUGCAAUCAAUCACAUCAAUGAGAGCUACAUUAAAGCAAAGAUCGUUGAAAUAAAAUCAAGGGCAAAAUACAGAAGGAACUCGAUCAAAUGUGUGAUUUGAUAACAUUAACUCAAACAAGAGCCUCAGCCCAAAAUUUCUCUCCGACUUCGUAUUUUGGACUUAAUAAAGAAGGAUCGAUAAUUGAAAUAGAGAAUCAUGAAGCUGGAAAUGCUAUUAUUUGAGAAGCUCCUAAAACUAAAUCUAAUUCAUCCAGAAAGAGAAGGAUUCAUGAAAGACGAAGCUAUGACUUCCAAAAUGGCUUUAAUAACCCCCUCAAAGCUCAUGAAGCUAGGCUAAAUGCAAAGGAUUAUAUCCUCAACAUCGAAAGGCCAGGGACAGCGGUGGUACCUUCAAACGGAAUUCAGAAUUCCCUGAAUCCCAAUUUUACCUUAACUGAACCAAAAAGGAAAGUUUGCGAUAAAAUACCUUAUAAGUAUCAAAGGUAUACCCUUACAACCCAAAUUCCUGAUUUUACUACUCAAAAAUUUAUAAAAGGGGUUAGUUUACAAAAAUAUGAAUCCCUGCCGACACAUAAACCUCCAAAGAGUAUCUUCGCUACUGAAAAGACUCCUGGAGAGAGUCCAGUGACUCCUAAAGCCAAUAAACCAAAAAAGGCUCAUAAAUUAACAAAGGAGCAAAAACUAAAAGUAAAACAAAAGGAUAUUCAGAAAGUUUUCAAUAAACUAGCGACUAUUGCCAGAGAGAAUCUCAGACAAAAGAGUCAUAUAGAAAACCCCAGUCCUCAAGAGCUACUCACCAAUUUCAAAGGAAUCGAGCUUCUCAGUGAAGCCAAGGGGAUAAGUACACACAGAACUCCAGACAAAAAUCAGAAGCAAGAUAAGUACUUCAAAGUAGCACCUAAGUUCAAGAACUUUGAAAGAUCAUUAAGAAAGAAGCCAGUGACGCCUCUCAAGCCUGAAGCUGCUUCUAAAAGAACAUCCUUCAUGUUCUCAAGAGAAGGUUUUAAAUAAAAAGAACUGAGAAGAGGUAUAUCUUAAUAAUUGGAAAAUAAAGAAGAGCAGAGCUAAGAACUGUAACAUUAAGAAGUCUAAAAUAUCAUUUACAAAGAAAGCAAAGAGUCCCAAGAGAGCAAAGUUGGAACUCCGGAAUAAUACUGAGAAUGGAUUACAAUCGGCACAGACUAUGAAAACUCCUCAAAAGAACUUGAAAGUUUCUAAUUCAGCAAGCUUUGGUAGGUUUACACAAAGAAAAACUUCUCAAGCUCAAGCAUUAAUUGGAAAACUGGAUCAGAACCUUGAAUUAGAAGUAGAGAGAAGGGUUCCAGAGGUUCAAGCUACUUUGAGAAAUCUUUUCAGUUGAAAUAACUCUCCUGAUAACACUCAUAUCAUACAGAAGAAUCUUUCCCCUUCCAUGCAUAUUACUAGAAAGACUUCAAAGGGGCCUUCCAAGAAGCAUCACAUGGGGAUCGUAGAAGCUUUACUAGGCUCUAUGGAAGCUUUCUCUGAAGACUUAAAGAAGGAGGCUCCGACUAUUACUCAGAAAAUAACUCAUCUCUCAAGCUUAGUUUCAUCCAAGGAUUUUUCCUUAAACCGUCUUUUGAACGACGCUGAUUCCGAAAUGCUCCAAGUCUUCCGGCAAAGAACCGCCCAUUUGAAUCUAUCUCCUUCAGCAUUGUAUCAGAAGUUACAAGUCUUUAAGCAGAAACUUCAGGAUGAGUUCUCACAAGACCAACAGAUUCUUGAAAGUCAUAUUAACAACGAAAUGAAGGAAGAAAAUUACUUAAAAAUCAUCAAACUCGAACGUAUCAUCAACAAAUAUACCUCUAAAUUCCGAAUGAGCAACAAACAGAAGAAGGUAUAUUUCCCUUAAGAAAUCUU